GCGCUGUUUGCCAUCCACCGCGUUCGCCGUGCAGUCCACCAUGUCCGACGAUGGAAUGAACAUUGAUGAUAGCGGCAACGACGGUGUCGUCCGCCGCAAGGGCAGGGGUUUCCAGAGCGCUGCUGGCGCAAAUGAGAGCGUAGUCGCCUCGGAACAAGCCUUUGACCGAGUGGAGUCAACCCAAGACUCGGGUACAAGGGCAGCGAGAUCCGUUGAGGGUUGGAUCGUUUUGGUGACCAAUGUACACGAAGAAGCCACCGAGGAAGAUGUGACAGACAAAUUCGCGGAGUAUGGAGAGAUCAAGAACCAGCAUGUUAACCUCGAUCGUAGGACUGGUUAUGUAAAGGGAUAUGCCCUGGUGGAGUACGAGACGAUGGCAGAAGCGCAGGCUGCCAUCGACGGGGCUUCAGGGACAACGUUGCUAGAGCAAACACUCCAGUGCGAUUAUGCUUUUGUGCGGCCGCCCCCAGCAGGCCCCAAGAAGGGUCGCGGGAGAGAAGGUCGGGGUCGCAGUGCAAGCCCGUCGCGUCGGAGAGAGAGGGACUAAAAAUAUGCUGAGGCUGCUGGAUUUGAGCCUGUUAUCUCAUUCUCUUCUCAACGCUCUGCCGGGUCCACUCGUCAGGUCAGCUAGCGUUCGUUCCGAUGCUAUCAUCAUCGCGUGUAACCUGUAAUAUUAUAUUGCUUCAACCGACGAACGAUGUUUUCUUUCAA